ACUCCUGAAGGUGAUGUCGUGUAUGACAGGAAUCAGCCCAGCAGGCGUCAAGGGCACCUAGAGGUGUACACCCCGUGCUCAUAAAGUACGUCGGAUGUAACUGUGAUAAAUAAAUGAGAAUGGAAUUACAGAAUUUACAUGGAUGACGUCAUGAGAUAGUGAUUUCACCCGGAUUUGCGACUGAGUCAAAAUUGGGGUGAUUCACAAUUCUCUUGAUCCAAUGCCGCAUUUAAUGUAUUAAAGCGACUUAUACAGAUCUUCAGCACAUAUCGGUACGUGAUAGCGGCCAUUACGCUUACCCUGGAAUGUGCACCACCCAGAGAAAUCAAACACUGAUGUUCUGAAGACCUCUGUGUAUCAUCCUUACCGUAACACACACGUUUGUGUCCCCUCGGACAAUGUCGAAGAGAGUGGACGUGGAACGAAAGGCCAUGUUGGACAGACUGACAAAGCUGAGGACUGACCAACACAAAUCACGCACAGACGAUGACAGCGAGGCGGAGGUGGAUCUCGUCACCCUGAUGCAGAACAAGUGUGGCAAUGAUGUAUUCGACCCAUCCAGCAGAUUCAGUACGGAAGGUUUCCAGUACACCAGAAGUCGUGGCCGCCGGAAGUCCAAAGAAUUUGAAGAUCUGCUGAUGCAUACUGCCACCGGAAGUCUUCAUCUGUUUGCGCUCACACAUAAAUCUGGUUUCCUUCGCCCCAAAACUUCCAGCCCAAGACGACCACCCACUGGACACGAGUCACAUCACAAGUCGAUAGAUGACAACAAGCCCAGUCUGCUGCACAAGUCACAUCGACCUUUACAGAGGUCGGUGUCAGACCUUCAUAAGAGAGUUAACUCCCUUGGCGCGCCACCUGGUGAUCAUCCAGGACGUUCCCCCACUCCAGGAAGCCCACCCAGCAGGAGAGGUCAGAAAGAAACAAAUGCUUCACCUAAACGACUGGGGAAGAAAUGACAGACCACAACGCCAUGCUCACAAACAGGAUGCUUGUAAAGGAGCUGCCAAUUGGCACCCUUUUGGGACGACGGAUGCCUGGACCUGUUAAGCGGCAUCCCGGGGGCCCGUAGUGAUGUAAGCUGGAUGUACUGAAUUGUUUAUCCGGUAUGCCAAAAAUUGACAGUUUUGGGGUUUUAUGUUGCAAAGGACUGACGAAUCAAUAAAAUAUAUGUCAAUGAAUUUUUGAGCAGGCAUGGUCAUGCGUUCUGUAUGAAAUCCCAGUCUAGUUAACUCAACUCAAGGAUGCCAAGACAAAUAGCAGUAUGCUGGAUACCAGAGUGUAUGACAUCCUCGUGAAGGUGAGAUCGAAGAUGGGUCUAUGUUGAUGUCACUAUGCUCAUUAUUCUGACCACGUGUAGUUAUAUAUGGGAACAGCUAACGAUUUUGGUGAGCAGCUACAAUUCACCUAGCCCCAUGAUGUUGCGCGUCCUCGAUUAUCCAGUGUAUUAUAUCACCAUCCUGAUAAAAAUUUAGCUACCAUAGCUUUGUGUUAAGUCCAUUAGCUACCAUAGCUUUGUGUUAAGUCCGAUUAAGAAAGCGUGUACAUUAACCAUCCAGUCAGAGACGUUCUGUGUAUCGUUAGUGGUAAGAAACAUGGCAUAGUAAACUCACUUCCUUGCAAACGGAAUUUGGUGGUCAAUGGAUCCCGGGCAUUUAUCAAAGCAUAAUGUGGAUAUAUGUCCCUGCAUAAUCGAUGAUGGGAACAGGGUUGUCACGCAACAAGUAUCUCAAAGAGAGGUCAUACAAAUAUGUCAUACACGAUACAAUACGUAAAAUGGUGAAUAUUUUCCUGAAUAAAAGGGAGGCACAUUUCCUCAA